CUCGGCAGCACGGCCGCCCGACUCGUCGCUGCCGCGCCGCCGCUCGCGACAGUAGCCUUCAACGGCGAUGGCGGGGUACCUGAACGACGACUUGGAAGACCUGGAAGACGACUACGUUGACUUCGACGGGUUUGGCGUCUCCGGCAGCAGCGGCGGCGAUCCCUCGAACCCGAAUAAGCACAAGAAUGAUACUUCAGCCGUGGAGCAUAGAAAUGGUAAAGACAUGCAAGGAAUACCAUGGGAGAGGUUAAAGUACAGUAGAGAUCAGUAUCGCGAGAUGAGGCUGAAGCAGUACAAGAAUUACGAGAACCUCUCGAGGUCACACGAGGGGUUGGAUAUGGAGUGCAAACAAGUGGAGAGAAAUGACAAGUUUUAUGAUUUCUGCUUCAACACAAGACUUGUGAAGUCAACAGUUGUGCAUUUUCAGCUAAGGAAUCUUGUGUGGGCCACGUCCAAGCAUGAUGUUUACACGACACAGAAAAAUUCAGUGGUGCACUGGUCUUCUCUUCUUCGAAGAAGAAAAGAAGUGCUCAAAGUGGCAGGCCAAGUUGUUCCAAAUCAGGAGGGCCAUGGAGCUCGGACAGUCCCCAGGGUGCAGAUCAGCACAAUGGCCCUAAAGAACAAUCUCAUGGUAGCUGGCGGUUUCCGUGGCGAACUGAUUUUCAAGUAUGUUGGCAAGCCUGGGGUGGCAUUCUGUACGAAUGUCGCUGACGAUAGAAAUUCCAUCACCAAUGCUGUAGAUGUGUACGAGUCUCCUAAUGGCGCUACUCGAGUGACGGCUGCCAACAAUGACUCGGCCGUCAAAACUUUUGAUGCUGAGAGAUGCAGCCUGCUCGGUCGCUUUACUUUUCCAUGGUCGGUCAAUAACACAUCGGUGAGUCCUGAUGGCAAGCUUCUUGCAGUUCUUGGCGACAGCUCUGACUGCGUGAUAGCAGAUGCUCAAUCUGGCCAAGAAAUAGCAACCCUCAAAGGGCACUUGGACUACUCAUUCUCAUCGGCUUGGCACCCUGGCUGUCACGUCCUGGCGACCGGUAACCAGGACACAACGUGCCGCCUGUGGGACAUGCGCAACCUCUCGGCUUCCUUCGCUGUGCUAAAGGGGCGGAUCGGCGCGGUCAGGGGCCUCAGGUUCUCAUCAGACGGGCAGUUCCUAGCGAUGGCAGAGGCAGCGGACUUUGUCCAUGUGUACGACACACGGGCGUGUUACGCCUCUGUGCAGGAGAUCGACCUUUUCGGGGAGAUUGCGGGUGUGGCAUUCAGCCCAGACACGGACGCACUAUUCGUUGGGGUUGCAGACCGGACCUACGGCAGCCUCCUCGAGUUCAGCAGGCGGCGGCAGUGCGCUUACUUGGACUCGUACCGGUGACACCGGCACAUCUAUCCUGUCGCGGCUGUGCGUGUAAAUGCUACUAGAUGCGUACAUAUGUCAACUUCUCUCAGUUUUUGUAAAGUUAAAAGAUGCAACUUGUGUACAGACGGUACAGAAUUUGGACUUCUUCUGCUUCAGGUCAGCGGGUAUAGAAUUUGGUUCCAGAAGCCAUCGCACUUGCAGUCUUGUGGCUUUGGGCGGUUUGGGAA